AUACCCGCUGGCUGGCUGACCCGUUUAGCUGGACGGACCGUUUCUGCGAUGUGAGCGUGAAUAAUUAUAUGAGAGCGAGAGAGAUAAUACCACCUGACUCUCUUCCGAGACCGAAACCAUCCAUCCCUGAAGCUAAGGAAGACAUCCUGAGAGAGUGUAAAGAAUGAGAGGCAGAAGCUGACACCUGGAGAAAUACAAGAGGUGGAACAAGGCUACCCACAGCUGUCUCUCUGCCUGGUGGAAUUACGCACGAUGGACCAGGAAGAAGACUUUCUGGACUUCAAGUCCUUGAGGGCAAAGUUCCAGGAUGAGGAAGUGUUGAUGCUGAAGCAGCCCGGGACCAAAUCUGCUCUCCCUGAGAAACCUAAAGUCCUGCCUCCUCCUCACAGCCCUACAAACUGCCUUCCUUCCCUCAGCUCCACAUCACACACACCCUCCAACUCACACUCCCUACCGCAUGGUGCUCGACCUUCCUUCUUCUCCUCCCUCCAGGGGCCGGGUGGCAUCGCAUCCAGAGUCAUCGUCAAGGAGGAGAAGGAGAAGAAGGUGAAGGGCAAAGACAAGGAUGAGGGAAAGGUGAAAUUACUAGGUAAAAAGAAGGCAGAGGCGAAGGCUGAUAAAGAGAAGGCGGAUGAAAGGAUGAAUGGAGGGAAAGAUAUUGUAGAAGUAGCGGUGAGGUCGGAUCUGCUGGACCAGAAACAGAAGAAAGAAGCAGACCUGGUCAUGAAGAACAAGAAGGUGUCCCUGCUGURCCCUGGGGGGUCUAAGGGGGGUAGUGUUGAGCUGGUAGACAUGUCACCACCGCCCAUAAACACAACAAAGAAGAAGGGUUUUCUGGGCAUCGGGAAGUCAGUGAAAACAGGGAAGAAGGGGAAAGAGGGGAGAGUUGAGCUUCUUCCUUUCCCCAUACUGGACAUAGCCAGCCCAGGCCUGAKUGACCCUGAACCUCUCAUGCCUCUAACCACCUUCGGAACCCCAGCCCCCCCUGGUGAUAUACCUAUACGUACCGUCAUUAUCCCACCUUCCCCAGCAGUACACAUUGUUCACUUACCCCCUGCCUCGAUACCUGCCCCAGUACUAGAUUCCCCCUUACCCAUGGAGCUGACUCAUAACCCAGUAUUUACCCUGUUACCCCCCACACUGAAACCUGCAUCAGCAGCUGAAGCCAUUACAGUCGUUACACCACCUAACCCCAUCCCAGUGAUCCCUGACCCUGCUAUCAUUGAUCACAUCCCUGAAACCCUCAGUCCUAAAACCCCAGCUGAAACCAUCCUAGCCCCCACCCUGCCAGUAUCAGUCCACCCUACCCCUUCCCCUGUUCUGGCCCCAUUCAGCCCAAUACCAGCUCCCCCAGUAACCCAUAUACUCCCUGCUGUCCCCUCCCCACCUCCACUCUCUACCUCCACCCCACCUCCACCUGUUAUCGCCACUCCAUCCCCACCCCCUGACCCUACCCCCUCUCCUCUUCCUCCCCCUACACCUCCAGCUGCUGAACUUGAACCUGUGUCUGUAGUAGUGGAUAUUGCUGUUAUAGUCGAGACCUCUGCCUCUCCACUUCCCUCUCACACCCCCCCUCCCCCAGCUGGUGACCCCUCAGUCACACCCCCGUCCCUCCAGCCUGAGAGGCCCGUGGGGGUCCAGGAACGGCCACUCUCGGCCCUGUUGGCUCUAGGACGAGCAGAAGAGAUGAGUUCACCAAAAAAAAGAGGUUCAGAGAUAAUCUUCAAUGCUCUGGAGAAAGCUAAGAGGACGCUCGCCAGCCCUCUUACGACCCCCAUCCCCUCCAGACCUGUCACGCCCACCAUAGAGGACCUACCCCCACCCCCCCACAACCCUAGCCCCACCCCGAUGAAAUCCCUACCUGAGCUCCCACCAAUCGACUACGAUGACCAGGCAGGGGCGGCAGCCCCUACACCCCUGAUACCGGCCCUAGUCAACGGUAUUGACAUUAGGCAGGCGUCUCCUAUGUUGGAGGGGAUAGCAGAGAAGGGGGCAAGGGACGUCCUACCAGACCUGUUUGUGGUGCCCCCUCCUCCCCCGAGAAAGCGCCUCCCAGAGGCCUCCACCCGAGGAUCCCCGCCAGAGAAACCCCCCCAACUCCCCUCCGUGGACCUGACUGCUUAUGCUGUGGAGAUUCCUGUUCCUUCAGCUGAUUCUGCUCUCAACGUUCCUGAGUUUGAGGAUGUAGGAUCGGAUGUUCUGGACUUGGAAGCCCCGGAGUUCCAGCCUGCAGACUUAGUGGACUUAGAGGUGUCUAAGUGGGGGUACGGAGAAUAUGGUGACCCUGAGUUUGCCCCACUAAACGCAGACAACAUUCCAGAGACAAUGCCUCUAGAACAGGAGAUUCUGGAAGAGGGUGAGGAGCUUCCGGAAGUUGAGGACCAGGGAGUUCCAGAGUUUGGAGUUGAAUUCAGAGAGAUUCCAGAAUCAGAACCGGGGGUGYAGGUUCCCGUGGAGGUUCUUCAGGAAACUGUCCAUGCCUCCCCUUUCAGCCAGAACCCCCAGCCAGCUGCAGGAGCCCAGGCAGAAGACAGCACCUAUGAAAGCUGUGGCAAUGCCUAUGAGGACAUGCCCUCAGCCAAGCAGAAGGUCAAGGGUCAACCCACCAAUAAAAAGAAAGGAUCAGCGAAGAGUAAGACACAGGCACCUUACAACCCAUAUGCUGAGACUCAGCUUCCGACAGAAGAAACACCCAAGACUGGCUGGUUCUUGAAGAAGCCUGCCUCGGAAACCCCAGAUGAGAAACAAUUGAAAAAGAUAGAAAAACAACGUUUGGAGAAGGAGAAGAAAGAACAGAAAGAAAGAGAGAGGAAAGAGCAGAAAGAGAGAGAGAAUAAAGAAAAUGAGAUGAAGAAGUUUAAGAUAACAGGUCAGAAGGAGGCUAUAUACCAGGCUACAGUGAUGGUAGCGUCUAAAGGACAUAAGAACGACCUGGCUGUGAAGAAUGGGGACAUAGUCAGCAUCAUACGGACCACAAACUGCCCGAAAGGAAAAUGGCUGGCCAGGGACAGCACUAAUACAUAUGGAUACAUCUCAGUGAGCGACGUGGAGCUGGACAUUAAGGAGAUGUUGGAAAUGGGGAAGAGGGCUUCUCGGGCCAUCAGCUGUAAAAACAUUACCACUAUGGUAGAACAGGGAGGAGAGGUGGCCAGUAUGGACAGCAGGACAUCCAAUCACUACCCACUUCAGGAAGAUACAGGCAGCUUCACAGACGACAGUGAGGAGUGGGCACAUGAUGAUGAUGAUGAACCUCUCUCCUCCCUCAUUGAGGAAGAGGCCACAGAGAGCUCUCUCUUUCCCUACUGUCUCCCUCCAAGAAGACCUGAAGAACUUGAACCUGAAGAACCGAUCAGCCCUAUGGACAUAGAAGGACCAGAGACAGUGUACCUGUUUAAAGAGGAAGCAGAUUUGAAGCUUCCAGAUAUGGUGGUUCUUCCUCCUCCUGACCUGUAUGCAGACAUCAUCAGUGACUCUUAGUAGACUACAAACUACCUACAGCUGGUGAACAAAGGAAGAACGGCAAGAUGGUAUGUCUGUUGUCAACUGCCAGUCAUCGCCAUGACAAUCACUCAGAUGACGGAGGCUUGUAGAAUCUGUCUGGACAACCUGCAAUCGGAUGGACUAUUUCUGUUAUAAUAUUGUUUUGGCUGGGAUUCAAUCUGAGCGCUCUAGUCAACAAAGCAGCCUUUUAAAGGUAACCGUGUUCAGAGAUCGCAUUCAAGAUAAAUGAUGCAGUUGUCGGCAAUUACCUUUUAAUUCGAAAUUACUGUUAAAUGUCAAGGACGCUAUAUCGCGGUUUUGGAUUGAAUCUCUUGUAUUGAUGUCKAUCCAGGGUUAUGGAGGAUGAGAUGAAGGGCUUUAUACAGAAUGUUUUAUAGAAAGACUAUGCGACACCAUACAUGUAUUGGUUUAGGUUCCACUGUGUCGUCCAUCUUUACAAGUGUUUACGAUGACUCAACACUGUAUCCAGCUACUUCUGUGUCUCAAAUGACACCCUAUUCCCUGUGUCAUACAUUAAGUGACAGAGGGUUAGCCACAUAUGGCUCAGUCAAAAGUAGUACACUACACAGGGAAUAGGAUGCCUGCCAUAGGAGACUUGUCUGUUUUUUAUAUUCCCAGUGAAUUUCCCAUAAAGUAUUAAAGAGAUGUAACAUUGA